CAGGAUGCUCCAGACCUUGUACGAUUACUUCUGGUGGGACCGGCUGUGGCUGCCUGUGAACUUAACCUGGGCUGAUCUAGAAGACCGAGAUGGACGUGUCUAUGCCAAAGCCUCAGACCUCUAUAUCACACUACCCCUGGCCUUGCUUUUUCUCAUCAUCCGAUACUUCUUUGAACUUUAUGUGGCUAUGCCACUGGCUGCCCUCCUGAACGUUAAGGAGAAGACUCGGCUGAGGGCACCCCCCAAUGCCACCUUGGAGCACUUCUACCUGACCAGUGGCAAGCAGCCCAAGCAGGUGGAGGUAGAGCUUUUGUCUCGGCAGAGUGGGCUCUCCAGCCGCCAGGUAGAACGCUGGUUCCGCCGUCGCCGCAACCAGGAUCGGCCCAGUCUUCUCAAGAAGUUCCGAGAAGCCAGCUGGAGAUUCACGUUCUACUUGGUUGCCUUUGUUGCCGGCAUGGCUGUCAUUGUGGAUAAACCUUGGUUCUAUGACAUGAGGAAAGUUUGGGAGGGAUACCCCAUACAGAGCAUCAUCCCUUCUCAGUAUUGGUACUACAUGAUUGAACUUUCCUUCUACUGGUCUCUGCUCUUCAGCAUUGCCUCUGAUGUCAAGAGAAAGGAUUUUAAGGAACAGAUCAUCCACCAUGUGGCCACCAUCAUUCUCCUCAGCUUCUCCUGGUUUGCCAAUUACGUCCGAGCAGGAACCCUCAUCAUGGCUCUGCAUGACUCUUCUGAUUACCUUUUGGAGUCAGCCAAGAUGUUUAACUACGCUGGAUGGAAAAACACCUGCAACAACAUCUUCAUCAUCUUCGCCAUUGUUUUCAUCAUUACCCGACUGGUCAUCCUGCCCUUCUGGAUCCUGCACUGCACCCUGGUGUACCCACUGGAGCUCUACCCUGCCUUCUUUGGCUAUUACUUCUUCAAUUGCAUGAUGGCAGUGCUGCAGAUGCUGCAUAUCUUCUGGGCCUACCUCAUUUUACGCAUGGCCCACAAGUUCAUAACUGGAAAGCUGGUAGAAGAUGAACGCAGUGAUCGAGAAGAAACUGAGAGCUCAGAGGGGGAGGAGGCUGCAACUGGGGGAGGAGCAAAGAGCCGACCCCUAGCCAAUGGCUACCCCAUCCUCAAUAACAAUCAUCGUAAGAAUGACUGAACCAUUGUUCUAGCUGCCUCCCACAUUAAUACACAAAGCCUAGAAACUAGCCAACCUUCCCUUUAGGGUCAUUUUGAGCUCUGGGAAGAAAAGAUAGAGAAUCUACAUUCUCUCUCCUUAUUUGUCACCCAGUUUCUCUUAAAACAAACUCUAACCAGCCUAUUCCUAGGUAGAGAGGAGGUUGGUUAUAUCCUCUUAGAGGGG